AAUGCAGGAAGAGGUUCACAGAAAGACAGAGCCUCCUGGUGUCCCAUGGGAGGAGAGUUUCCGACUUCCGAGGUCUGUCCACCCUGAUCACUAUGAUUUAUUUUUGCAACCCAAUCUAUCAACCAAGUUAUUUCAUGGCAGUGUGACAAUUCAUGUCACAACAUCAGAGACUCGGGACUACUUCCUUAUUCACACAAAGUGGCUCACCAUUACUCAGACUGAAGUUGUCAAAGUGAUGGGUAGUGAAACAGAGGCUGUUCCAAUUACUGAGUCAUUUCCAUAUGAACCCAAUGAAUUCUGGGUCAUCAAAACUGGUGCAGUGGAGCCAGGCAGUUUCCAGAUUACUCUGAAGUUUUCAGGAUCACUUCAGAGAGGCAUUUUGGGCUUAUACUAUUCUGAAUACACUGAUGGACCAGGAAAUAAAAGAGGGUUAGCGACAACUAAAUUUGAACCAACUUAUGCUCGUCGUGCCUUCCCAUGCCUGGAUGAACCUAUCUUCAAGUCCACCUACAGUAUCACAAUUGUCCGUCCACAACAUGGAUACAUUGCUCUCUCAAACAUGCCAGUUAUGAGAGAGGAGGAUGAUACACCAAGUGAAGGCCUCACACAAGUGACUUUCAUGAAGUCAGUGCCAAUGGUCACCUACCUUGUGUGCUUCAUUGUGUGUGACUUCACUUAUAAGGAGAAGACUCUGUGCAGUGGUAUGCCAUUCCGCGUAUAUGCUCCUUCAGGUAGAAUAGAGAACACCAAGUAUGCUCUUGACAUCGGUGCAAAGCUUUUACAUAUGUAUGAAACUAUGUUUGAUCUGCCAUUUCCUCUACCAAAGAGUGACAUGGCGGCAAUUCCUGAUUACUCAUCUGGAGCAACCGAGCAUUGGGGGAUCAUAACUUACCGGGAAACUUCCAUCUUUUGCAACCAAGAGCGUAGCUCUGCUGAGAACUGGCAGCGAGUGACAGCUGUAAUAGCCCAUGAACUCGCACAUCAGUGGUUUGGCAACCUUGUGACACUAGAGUGGUGGAAUGACCUGUGGCUCAAUGAAGGAUUUGCAAGCUACGUAGAGUUCAAGGGAGUUGGUUAUAUUCAUCCAGGUUGGGAUAUGGACUCUCAGUUUGUAUCAAGGAGUCUGCAAACAGUGAUGGGGAUUGAUUCUUGUCUUAGUUCUCAUCCUAUUGUGCAGAGCGUGGAUACCACUGAUCAGAUUAACGCCAUGUUUGAUGCUAUAUCUUAUAAAAAGGGAUCUGCAGUACUGAGGAUGCUGGAGAAUUUCAUGGGAGAGACUGCCUUUCAAAGAGGCAUUAAUUCAUUCCUCAAGAAAUUUGCCUAUAAGAAUGCAGUAACAGAAGACCUGUGGAGAGAGCUUACUGCUGCAUGGGCUGCCCAUACUACCAGUGAAGCUAAGAAUGAUGUAGGAGAAAUAAUGGAUACGUGGACAGAGCAGAUGGGCUACCCAGUAUUGAGUGUGGUGCGAACAUCACCUGAAACAGUGACCUUCACACAGAAGAGGUUCCUUCAUGACCCAGCAGCACAAUAUGACGAAGAAGAGUCAAAGUUUGGUUACAAAUGGGACAUCCCCAUAACCUACAUCACCUCCUCAGACCCCACCAUCCAGAGGACCUGGCUCUAUAGAGAAGCAGACAAUGUAAGAGUGAAAGUAGAUCCAGGAGUAACUUGGGUAAAGGUGAAUAUACAGCAGAAGGGCUACUACCGUGUCAUCUAUGAGGCUGAUAUAUGGAACCAACUUGAAAAACUUUGUGUAGAGAAGCUUGUAGGCACUGCAGAUCGAGCGAGCCUUUACAGUGAUGUCUUCGCCCUUGCUAAUGCUGACUUGUUGCAUUAUUCUGUUGCACUCAACUUCAGUCGUGGUCUGGUGUCUGAGACAGACUAUGUACCCUGGGAUUCAGUGUAUGAACACCUCAUUGCCAUGGGGACAUUACUAGCAGAAACUGAUGCAUAUAAGCCAUUUUGUGUAAAGUAUUUUUAUUCUUAUUUAGAAUUUAGUACAUAUGUACUUGAAAUUAUUUCCAUCUUUUGCAAAGCUUCCUUAAUUAUCUCUAAUUUAGUUUUCUAAUCAUCAAUUACAGUGGUACCCUGAGUUUCAAACUGUGCCCAACUCAACCAAUUAUGUAAGUGUGUUAUUGCCAGUACUUUUGUAAGUGUAUUUUGGGGGUCUGAAAUGGAAAUUCAUUUGGUAACGGCACUUGAACAGCCUUCUGGAACGAAGAAAGGUCAAAACUCGGGGUACCACUGUAUUGCUAACAUGUGUAUAUGUAGAGCAGUAAUAAUCUCUUCACACUUAUCUAUUUUUAAUAAGUACAGUGGAACCUUGACUUACGAGUGUCCCAACUUACGAGUUUUUUGAGAUACGAGCCGUCCCUGGGUCGAAUUUUUGCUCUGAGUUAUGAGCCAGCUACCCCCUCCCUCUUCCCCCC